AUGUCUCUGGCCGAUGAAUUACUAGCCGAUCUGGAAGAUGACAACGAUGACGAGGUCGAGGAGAUGGAUACCAUCAAAGAAGACGGGAAAUCAGCGGUGCCCGGUGACGAAGAUGAGGCGGACUCUGGCGGUGAAGAAAAUGCCGUCAUUUUCGACAUGAAAGAAGAGCCCAUGGAAAUAAACCUAUCCGUGGAUUCGAUUAGAGAAAUAUGCAAGCUGCGAGAUUCCGAUCGGUUGGGCAACGUUCUAUCCGAAAUUGAAAAAUAUGCCAAAAAUCCACGCAACACGAAUGAGAUGGUUGGGAACGUGGAAUCCGAUCCCGAGUAUCAGUUGAUAGUGGAAGCAAACAAUAUAGCGGUCGAUAUUGAUAAUGAAAUAUCAACAAUUCAUAAGUUCGUGAAAGACAAGUACCAAAAACGGUUCCCGGAACUAGAUUCGCUCAUCAUGGUGGAGAUGGACUACAUUCGAAGCGUCCGAGAGCUGGGUAACGAUUUGGAUCAAGCCAAAAACAAUGAACGUCUGCAAGAAAUUCUCACCCAAGCCACGAUUAUGAUUGUUUCUGUAACGGCUUCAACAACGCAAGGAGUGAAACUGGAACGACACGAGCUAGAUCAAAUCAAUGAGGCGUGCGACAUGGCGGUGGAGCUGAACGACUUCAAAAGCAAUAUUUUCGAGUAUGUUGAAAGCCGCAUGACUUUCAUCGCUCCCAACAUGUCGAUGAUUGUGGGAGCUUCCACUGCAGCGAAACUGGUUGGGUUGGCUGGCGGUUUGACAAAGCUCUCGAAAAUGCCCGCCUGCAACGUGCAGGUUUUGGGUGCACAGAAAAAGACAUUAUCAGGAUUUUCCAAGGUUGCUAUGCUGCCCCACACAGGUUAUGUGUAUUAUUGUGACAUUGUACAGGAUACGCCUCCCGAUCUGAGGCGUAAAGCGGCACGUCUAGUGGCCGCCAAGUGCACGCUAGCGGCACGUGUUGACGCGUCUCAUGAAAGUCACCUGGGAGAGAUCGGCCAGCGAUUUAGGGAGGAUAUCGAGAAAAAGCUUGAUAAACUGCAAGAACCGCCGCCGGUGAAAUUCAUUAAACCGCUACCGAAACCCAUUGAGGGUGGAAAAAAGAAGCGUGGUGGUAAGCGUGUGCGUAAAAUGAAAGAACGUUACGCUAUUACCGAGUUCCGUAAGCAAGCGAACCGAAUGAACUUUGGAGAUAUUGAAGAAGACGCCUACCAGGAGGAUCUUGGAUAUACCCGCGGUACGAUUGGCAAAGCUGGAACAGGAAGAAUUCGACUGCCGCAGAUCGACGAGAAAACUAAGGUGCGCAUUAGCAAAACGCUACAGAAAAACCUUCAGAAACAGCAGCAGGUUUGGGGUGGAAGCACGACGGUGAAGAAACACAUUUCCGGUACGGCAUCGAGCGUUGCUUUCACACCCUUGCAGGGUCUGGAAAUUGUCAAUCCACAAGCAGCUGAAAAACCGACCAGCGAAUCAGGAGCAAAGUAUUUCUCAAACACAUCUGGAUUUUUGUCCGUUGGCAAGAAAACUACGUAGAUAAGUUAGACAU